GUUUCGAGCGCGAUGCACAAUGGGGAACAAGAAGAGCAGGUCGUGCAAGCGUCCUGCAAAGAGAAGAUUCUCACUGCACGCAGCACCUGUCCAGGAAGCUGCUGAGGGAGUUUAUGAAGCUGAAGCAGUGCCAGAGUCCGCCUCGAAGCGCAAGUUGUACGAUGGCGUUCCAAAAAUAAGAAUACAGUGAUCAUAAUAAAAAAUUAAUGGAUUCAACUGAGCGAUAGUGAGUCGGAUUCGGAGGAGAGCUUUGAUGGAUGUGCGCUGGCCUCGAACUCAGACAGUUGCUCCCUCAAGUGAUUCCUCGUUCUCUGAAGACUGUCAUGGCCCAAUCGCUGAAAGUUGUGAUUCAGACGCCACUGGACUUGAAUUGUUUACGAAAUUUGAUUUUCUCUGCUUGCUCGUGUAAAAUACUGUGGAGGUGAGCUGACCAUUGCUGAAACUGCACGUUCUGGCCUUGCAUCCACUGUCAGAAUCACAUGCUGCAAUGAAGAGCCAGUGUUCAGCAGGCACCAGCCUGCCAGUGGUGGAGAAGUCAGGACAGUUUUAUGAGUGCAAUCGCCGCAGUGUUCUGGCAUUGCGCACGCUGGGAAUUGGCCAUGUUGGCUGGCAAAUUUUUUGCGGCCUCAUGAAUUUGCCCCACCUGUUCAGCUAUCUGCAUUCCAGCGGCACCAGCGAGCAUUGUGCAAGGCGGCAAGGUCAGUUGCGCAAAUCAGCAUGAACGAAGCAGCAGAUGAACAAGACAAUGGACAGGCCUAAGCAUAUAACUGCUGUCACCUAUGAUGGUACGUGAAUGAAGCGCGGGUUUUCCUCCCUACACGGUGCGUUUACGGCAAUUGACUGGCAAGUCGGGAAGGUCCUUGAUGUGCAUCUAGCUUCCAAGUACUGCCAUGGCUUCAGCUUGUGGAAAGCUCGCCAGGCGCAUAGUGAAGUCACAGCUGACGAGUAUGAGAAGUGGAAGUCGGGCCAUAUCCCUCUCUGCAACCGCACCUGGCGUUUUUGCGGAACGCCAGCUCAUGUUGGAUAGUAUUAGAGUGGCCAAGGCUGAGAAGAAGAUGAAGCAGGAGGAAAAACAGCGAAGGAAAAAAAGGAGGAGGUGCAGGAAGGGAAUUGAGGAGCAGAUUGUGGAAGCUGAGGGUGUCACAUAUGAGGCUGGUGGGUUUUAGUUGGAACAAUAGUCUUAGAAUCUAUGAAAAGGACACCUAAAUGUUUGUGCUUUUUGGCCUUUUUCUGCCUUCUUGGACAUGAUUGCGGCUAGUGUGUUUAUUUUAGACCUAUCAACCCAUACAUUUUUGGAAUCAGUGACUUGUUGCGCAGGGAUUGAACUACAAUGGUGAUCAUAGGACCUUUUACAUUGGAUUUUGAGCUCCCACAGUGCCUUCUAUUUUACGCGUUUUGCGGCUCGUCCUGUUUUGUCUCUGCAUUUGGGGUAGUAAUACCUGUCAGAUAGAGUUCAUUGUAGUUCAUUCCCUGCAUAGGCAUAUGGACUGGGUUUUGCUGCAUUUUGGAACUGUCUAUGUUGAUACAUCUUGCUGCAAAGUUGUCCAAAAAAAUUGCUGUUUGUGCGCACCCGUGAAGAAUUAGUGUAGCCCAUCAAGCAUUACUGGCAUGAACUGUAAAUUCUCUUUUUGGUGCCUACAUUGUGGAGCAGUAUAUAGUGAUUGAACAUAGAAAAUUUGAAGGCAAUCUGCCAAUCCGUUUUCAUGAUAUGCCUAUUUCAAUUGUAUGCGGUCUGAUUUGGGCCGCGAAUGGUGUUGUCCCCCUUAAGUUCGUGUGGUCUUCUUGAACACGAAGACCGUUGCGUGAGUGAGAUAUGGUCAGCUUGAGCACUGCUCGACGAUAGCGCUAACCAACGCCACGGCCUUCCAACAACUAGUAGUACUCAGUAGUACUGAACUAGUGCACGAUGCGACCAGCGUGCUGCAGGCUACAUGGCCAUCGCCCUGGGGCCGCUAGAUGUGCGACCGGAUUUCCAUGUCCACGACAGACUCAGUGCAGUAUCUGUACUUACGGCUUCGCCGUUCUUGCAGAUAUCGGUGUGCAGUAUACAUACACAUUGUAGUCAUUCAUGAUUUACAGUGUCAUUAUAUUUUUUAUAAUGAUUGUAGUGCGUUUCAAGUAACAUUAGUUUUGCUUGGUUUGGAAGGUAGUUAGUAACUGGUGAAAUAGCUGUGCGCUGAACAUUUGUCUGAAUUCGUUCAUUGAAAUGAAUCCUGGGGGAAGUUGCAACAGUCAUGCUAAUGGUUUACCACUUCAAAAUAAGCUAGCACCGACUGUGCAUGUGCUGCAAGACGUGUGACAUAAACAUUAUUUCUCUGCUAAGAGCAAGCGCUAAAGCAAAAAGAAUGGAUUCUGAAAUUCUGGAACCACUUGGAUGGAAGGAGUCUUGUCGGAAAGUUCUCCUGUUCUUGUCGCUAUGCUGCUUGUUCUGUGUGAGCUUCAGCAGCGAUCUGACGAGCAGCAUUUCCUAUGCUGAACUAUUGCUUGACCCGUGUCCAACAGGAGGCCAACAGCAACAAAAUUACAGUAGAGAUGUAGUACCAGGUGCAGUAACUGCCAGCACUUUCACAGUACCGGAGAUAACUAACACCACACUUACCAAUUCAUCUGCAACAGUCUCUGACGAAGGCUGUGGAGGCUUUGGAUCUGGUGCUUCUAAAACAGCAUGGGUGGCCUCCAUCUAUUCCGCAUUACGCAUUGGAACAUCCUGGAUAAGUGGCAUUACAUUCGAAGUACUCGGCGCGCGGAAAUCAGCUAUCCUGGGAUUGUUGGUAUUCUCCGUUGGAAGCUUUGGCAGCUCAUUCGCCAAUGACCUGUAUAUAUUGUACAUCACCCGCGGCUUGAUCUCGGGAAUCGGAGGAGGAUUGGUUUUUACACUUCCAACUCCAGUCAUCGACAGUGCCUUCUCCAGUCGCAAGUCACUGCUGCUGACAUUAGCAAGUUCCUCGAGUGGGGUUGGUGCCAUACUUCUUGCGUUGGCAGGGCGGUCAGCUAUCCAGUAUGGUGGCUGGCAGUGGUACUAUCGUGUACUGGGUUUCACCAGCAUUGCUACACUGCUCACAGUCAUUGUAUUACCUGGAAAGCUACCAUCUGAUGGAUACAAACAGGCCAGAACAAGUCAGUUAAUCUCUGCAACCGGAUCAAGUAGUUCUGAUGGUGACGUGACAAAGGACGUGAACACGAUAGGAUCUACAUCAUCUGAAGAAGCCAACAGUAUACGCACCAGACUCCAGCAGUUUGGCGAGAAGACCAAGUUAUCAUUUUUUCGCGGCCUGGCACUGUAUCGCAAUCUGAACUUCACAGUUCUGGUCAUCCUAACCUUCACACUCUCCCUGGUGUAUUUCUUCCCUAUUGUCACAGCGAAACAUCGUUCACAGGCCAUUGGUAGCAGCCGUGAUGACAGCUUCUUCCAGGUUAUGCUCGUAGGAGCUGGUACGUUCGGAGGCGGUCUGGCAGUCGGCUUGAUAGUGGAGUACUUGUCGGUGUCAGCUAUUCUGUUGCAGGGCAUAGUUAUGAUGCUGGCUGGCCUGUGUUGUGGCCUGAGUGCGCUGGUGACGUCAGUGACUAGUUUCCGCUACUUCAUCACUCUCUACAGCUUCCUGAUCAGUGGAGUUGGUACUCUGUACGGCCCUCUUGUCCUGGAGGUCGUGAAAAGAGAUGAGGUGCCGCAUGCUGCUGGCCAAAUCAUUCUUCUUUCAUCUGUUUCCGUGAUAUGUGGCCCACCUGCAGCAGGCUGGCUGUACGAAGCCAGUGGUAGUUACGCGUUGCCAGCAGCCAUCGGCGGUGGAAUUCUCCUCCUGUCCGGAAUUUCCGAGCUGUUCCUCUUUGUGCGCGUGCUGAGACAGAAGCGUGCGGAAAGCUGUUUGAUUGCUCGCCAAGUACCCGUUCCCAUAGCCAUGGAUCAUCGUGUACCUUCAGAAUCCAUGAUGUACUAAGUCAGUGGCCCGGACCAUCCAUGCACUGCUUUUCAAUGUUCAUAGUUGUGUAUUUACUACUAGUAACUGAAUCAACCUGUACUCUUUACAGCACUGCUAGGCCAAUUUUUUUCAACUUUAAUACUUGUUGCUAUUGACUUGGCAUCUGUGCCACCUCGUGGCUUUUCGAUAUUCCAACAGUGACGCAAUGAGAAGCUAUUGCUCACGUAUGCUAUUUUCUUGUCAACCGACUUGGAAUCGUCCAAUUGAGAACUCGUAUAGCACGAAAUGUAGCAGACCUCUAUCCAUUUACAUGUCUAAUUACUCGUCUAAUUAUAUAUUUUCUUUAUUUUCCAGAAUUUUAAAACUGUUUUAUUGCUUUGCCUUGCGGAUGGGCCGAAAAGGUUUGGCCCGUAUUUCAAAGUUAUGUACCACUAAAAAUGCGUCAUUGAUGGCAGGGACAGAGCAGAUGGCAUUUGAGUCCACAAAGGACGAAACAGUUCUCUCCGCAGAUUGAGCACUUGGAUGUAAAUUUCUGGGAGAUAACACCACACAUU